AUGUUUGUGUUUCACUUCGGCAUCCGGCGGGAUUCCUUAUCCACCUCACCUGGGCCUUACCUGAUCACCUCUUGGAUCGCCUGUGCUGGUCUGCUGCUCCACUCUCUGCUGGUGCUUCCUCUGCCGCUGCAGCCUGAACUUAAUAUGGACGGGAUCGUAACGGGCCUCCUGCUGUUCAUCCAGCACAUCCCACCUGUCUGCACAGAGGACUUUCUCCAGGAUCGCUUCUCCUCUGCAGCUCUGCUGGGUUUCGCUGCUCUCUUCCUUCUCGCUGUGGUUUUUGUUUCGUAUAAAUGGAAGCAGAGCAAAGGCGAUGAUGAAAGCUGCGACGCGGGAGGGAGAGAGGGUGACGACAGUCGGUUCUCCAUCGCUGAAACACCUGGUUGCUUUGAAGAGGAUCCAAAGGCUGGAAGACCAGCUGACGGAAAGUCAAGUUCGUCAAGGAAUGUCCAAGUAUCUCCCGCGUGCUGCAAGACCAGGCCUGGAGGAGCGAGGACUGAAGCCGGAUGAGGAGCUGAAGCAGACCAGAGCGGAGCUGCAAGAGUUUACAGAAGUGAACCGGCAGCAAAAGGAGAAGCUCCAGAAGAACCUGCUGGCCUUGGAGGAGCUGAAGGCAACUCAAAUUAAACUGGAGUCCAAGAUGAUAGAGGCCAGGGAUCUGCAUAGACAGCUGGAUCACUUGAGGUUCCUCUCUAAGUUUAUGGCGGAGAAGGAGGAGCAGCUGGAGAAGCAGCUGGCCGACCUGAGAGACCAACACCAACAGGAGCUCCACGAGGAGCGUCAGAGGAGGAAGGAAGUGGAGGAGCAGCUGGAAGCCCUGAGGAAGGAGAUCGCGAAGAGGAAGACGAUCGGAGCAGAAGACUUCAAGUGUGCAAAAGAAAACUGGAUCCAAACGGAAAUCUAAAGCUUCAGAUAUCAGUUUAAUUAGAUGUUUUUGAUUCUUUAAAAUAAAAGUUAGAUUUGUUUUUACUAUGAAAUAAAAUUUUAAAACAAUUUAAAGCACAUCUACAUAUAGUAACCUAACUUUUCAGUUUUAUCUCAAGUUUUUAUCUCAAACCUCAGACCCCAGUGAGAAUCAUUGUUUUUUGCUGUUUUAACAUUAAAAUGUAUGAAUAAGUACGUUUUUGGGACAUUUUCUGACUAUAAAAAAAUCAAUAAAAACAAUAAAAACA